AUGAUCGUGCUCGGUGACCGAGCGGACCCGUGGUUGGAGGGAACGUUCACAAUGGCCUCGGAACAGUAUAAGAUUCAACUCGAGGAAACGGCCCAGCAGGAUGGCCGUCUCCCUCACCAGGCCGGUCAGAUGGUCGUCUACCGGGCGCCAGCCGCCUCCUUCUCGGAUCAUGAUGGAUCAAUUUCUGAUCAGGCCUGCAUCUCCCCGCCAGAGUCUUCCCUGGAGAGAAGACAAAUCGGAUGGGGAGAGAGGAGCCUGACGGACUUGAUCGGCAGCACAUCGGGAUGCCCGACCUCCCGGCAGAUUGCGUACAUCGGCGUAGCGACGGACUGUAAUUACUCGGCAACAUUCAGCUCCUCUGAUGCUGUUCACCGGAACAUUAUUAACUUGGUCAACACCGCAUCCGUUGUCUUUGAGAACAGCUUCAACGUUUCGCUGGGACUCCGAAACGUUACCAUCAGCGAUGCCGAAUGCCCUGACAGCGUCUCGGGCUCGACGGAGUGGAACAUGCCCUGUCCGCAGGGCAAUCUAAGCUGGCGUCUAGAUCGCUUCUCGUCCUGGCGAAGCUCCAUUAACGACGACAACGCCUUCUGGUCGCUGCUGACGGGUUGUUCGGGCUCACAGGGUGCGGUCGGAGUCUCCUGGGUUGGGCAGCUGUGCAACUCUGGAGCGUCUGCUUCCUCGAGCUCGACGGGGGGAGCUAAUGUGGUUGCUCGUUCACGGAGCGAAUGGCAGGUUUUUGCACAUGAGGCGGCCCAUACCUUCGGUGCGGUUCAUGACUGCGACUCGAGUGCCUGCAAGGCUGACGCCGGUGAUGGCACCCAAUGCUGUCCUCUGUCGUCGUCGACGUGCGACGCGGAUGGGCAAUACCUCAUGAACCCGGCCGCCAGCGGAGGGGUGACGCGAUUCUCCCCCUGCACCAUCGGCAAUGUUUGCUCCCAGCUGGGUUCGCGCCGAGUCAACACCCGGUGUCUCGUGAGCGCUCGCGAUGUGAAAGACGGAGGAGACAAUGGGACGGUGGUCAACGGCAGUCAGUGUGGGAAUGGCGUGGUGGAACCAGGCGAGGCUUGUGACUGUGGAGGGCAUGUGUGCAGCGAUCGCGAUGCCCGUUGCUGCGACGACAUGACGUGCCAGUGGAAGGGAGGAGACGAAUGUGCGCGAUCUCGUGCAGGAGACGGCGACGACGAUGGUGAUGACGAUGGCGGGUCAUGGGUGAAGCAACACCGACCGUUGAUCAUCGGACUCGGCGCAGGCAUUGGGGGCACUUUGGUGCUGACGAUGGCAUUGAUGGCGAUUACCUUUUGCUGGCAACGGCGGGAACUUAGUAAAGCAAUUUUGAGUCAAAUUAGUACGAAUCGAUCCCUAACAGCUCGACAAACGGCCCCUUCGACCGACGGGAACCCCGCAACUCGGACGAAGGGAGCUCAAGAUCCCACGACCGUAGGAUAA